ACCUCAUGCUGCCCAAGAGCCCGUACUCCUACUGCACCCAGCAAUGAAGACGUUGGUGGAACUCCCAGCCAAGAAGUUGAAGGCAUAAUGCAUACGUUGGAAACGGUGCCAUCUAUCUCAAAAGCUACAGAAGCACAGGAGUGCAGAGAACAACGAAAUCAAUUAAGAGGCGACACUGAAAGCAAAUUCUCCCUCGUUAACGCCCACGUGAAUAUCGUUGUAAAUACCGACACUGAACAAGCAAUGGAAUCGCUUGAGGAGAUCUAUGAACUCAUAGAUCGAGCAUCAACAAUAAGAUUGCGCAGUUCUUUGUCGGAACCUCCCUUGCUGUUGACCAGAGAUUUCUGA